AUGUCCAACAGCAGCUCCAUCAGCCACUUCCGCCUGCUGGCACUGGCAGACACUCAGCAGCUGCAGCUCCUGCACUUCUGCCUCUUCCUGGGCAUCUCCCUGGCUGCCCUCCUGGGCAACGGGGGCCACCACCUGCACACCCCCAUGUUCUUCUUCCUGCUCAACCUGGCCCUCAGCGACCUGGGCUCCAUCUGCACCACUGUCCCCAAAGCCAUGCACAAUUCCCUCUGGGACUCCAGGACCAUCUCCUAUGCAGGAUGUGCUGCUCAGGUGUUUCUGCUGAUCUUCUUUCUUGGUGCAGAGUUUUCCCUCCUGACCAUCAUGUGCUAUGACCGCUACGUGUCCAUCUGCAAACCCCUGCACUAUGGGACCCUCCUGGGCAGCAGAGCUUGUGCCCACAUGGCAGCAGCUGCCUGGGCCAGUGCCUUUCUCAAUGCUCUGCUGCACACAGCCAAUACAUUUUCCCUGCCCCUGUGCCAGGGCAAUGCCCUGGGCCAGUUCUUCUGUGAAAUCCCCUCAAUCCUUAAGCUCUCCUGCUCACAUUCCUACUUCAGGGAGCUUGGGCUCAUUGCAGUUACUCUCUGUUUAGCUUCUUGCUGUUUUGUGUUCAUUGUUUUCUCCUAUGUGCGGAUCUUCAGAGCGGUGCUGAGGAUUCCCUCUGAGCAGGGACAGCAAAAAGCCUUUUCCACCUGCCUCCCUCACCUGUCUGUGGUCUCUCUUUUCAUCAGCACUGCACUGUUUGCCUACCUGAAGCCCCCCUCCAUCUCCUCCCCAUCCCUGGAUGUGGCAGUUUCAGUUCUGUACUCAAUGGUGCCUCCAGUCCUGAAUCCCCUUAUCUACAGCCUGAGGAACCAGGAGCUCAAGGCUGCAUUGUGGACAAUGAUGACUGGAUGGUUUAAGAAACAGUAA